AUGGCUACACCGCAGGAGCCUACGAUCGCCUCGCCCAAGCUGGACUUGAGCAAAAAGUCACGAGGCACUCGCAACAAACGAUUGCGGCGCCUGGAAACGGCCGUGCGAUCGUUUCGCGUGUUGAGAGGACUGACGCCCGAGCAAGUGGACUCGUUCAUGAACUCGUACAUCAUCUACGACCUCGACUGGGCGGACGAGAAGAUGAUGAUCGAAACGCUGGGGCCGGAUUACCAGAAAAAGGUCGGCCAGUGUCUGGCGGAUUAUUACAGCGUGCUGAAUCAUCUGUGCGCAAUUGGCGAGCUGGAGAAAAUGUACAUCCCGCCAGCAAUGGAUUUGGACGAAGGACUCACCAUGAACCAAAUCCUGUACGAGGAACAAAUCGCCAAGGAAAUCCAACUCCCUCCCAACGCCAAAGUGCUCGAUUUGGGAUGCGGCCGUGGCCGAGUGGCGGCGCACAUCUCCAAAGUGACAGGCGCACAAGUCACCGGCCUCAACAUCGACGCCGACCAAAUCGCCAGCGCCAAGGCCUUCAACAAGGAAAAGAAGCUCUCCAACGAAUUCAUCCGCGCCGACUUUAACGAUCUGCCACUCCCGCUCCCGGAUAACCACUUCGAUGGCUUCUACCAGAUUCAGGCUUUCAGCCUUGCCAAGGAUCACACGAAGCUGUGUCAGGAACUUUUCCGCGUGUUGAAGCCGGGGGCCAAGUUGUCGUUGCUGGAUUGGGCGAGUUUGGAUGCGUAUGAUCCGGAGGACCCGUAUCAUCAGAAGUUGAUGAAGAGGAUCAAGCCGUUGAUUGGGGCCGUUGGUACGCCGACUCCGGAGAGUCUGGCGAAGUCGUUGGAAGCGGCUGGGUUCAGAGUGUUGGAAUCUAACAAUGCGAGCAUCGAUGGAGUCCAGUGGCCCUUGAUUAUCAAAGCCGACGACUAUUUCCGCACGGCUCGGCGCGCUCUCCUUGGCCUGGUUCGAGUGGGUCUUUUGCCCACGCACUUCAAGACGCUUUUCGACCGCCUCACAAAAGACUGCGACUCGUUCAUCGAGGCAGACAAGGCACGCUUGAUCACCACGAGCUACCACUGGCUUGCCGAGAAGCCUUUCACGGAUUCAGCGGCCAGCUCAGAGAAGGCGAUGAAGAUGGACUCGUCAGCAAGCUCAGAUACAGCAGUGAACAGAUCAGAAGCAGAAUCACCAGCCAGCGAGGAGCCACCUGCAGUUCAGGAGCAGAAACUGUAG